AUGUUGUGCCUGGUCCCAGGGCCAGGACCAGGACCAGGGUACGCUCUAAUUGAUGUGAUGAGUAUAAGUCUUGGUUUAGGAAUGAAGUCAAUUCUAGCCUACGCUUCCGGCUUCCCACCACAGCAAGGCUUACCAUCACAGCUAGGCCACCUAGUCCCAAGUAACCAACCACUGCAAGUCUACCCACUACAGCCAGGCUACCCUCCACCCCAAGGCCAGGCCCCUGGCUAUGCCCCACAGCCUAGCUACCCACCUCAGCAAGGCUACGCCCCUCAACCCGGCAACGCCCCUCAGCCCGACUACCCUAAUGCCCAGCCCAGAUACGCACCCCAGCCAGGAUGCGCCCCUCAGCCCGACUACCCUGCUGCCCAGCCCAGAUACGCACCCCAGCCAGGAUGCGCCCCUCAGCCCGGAAACACUGCUAUUCAACCGAUUUACGCAUUGUAUUAG